AUGAUUAAUGAGGCAGACUGAACAAGGGUGAAACUGUAAGACUGAAUGGCACUAUUAAAGUUACUGAAAAUGAGCACUGCAGUUGAAUGAAAAGUAAAUGCUAAUGCUAAUUUAAAGCAUCUUACAACAACAAACACUUGUCUAAAAUCUAAAUCACCCAUUUUCAGGUGUACACAUUCCUGAUUCUCUCAGCUCUCAAUCUAACCAGGCCUAAAUUAUUCAUUCCCAGCAACAUGACGGUCUGGGGUCCCAAUAAACACCUCAAUAAACACUGUGAGUGGGGGGCCCACGGGAGCAAUACAGAGCAGAACCAAAGAGGAACCCUUCAGUCGGCAUAAAUACAGCCGAGAAAGCUGUUACGUCUAUUCUCUAGAACACUGCAUAAAGGAAGAAGUCCUUCCUCUUCUCUGCGCUCUACGCUGCCUGCAUACUUGGUGGGCGGCAUGUAAUGAAACAAAGGGAGAAGUUUGAAUUGAGGAAACCUUUAGUACUAUGGUCUUUAACACUUGCAGCCUUCAGCAGAUAAAUGGUGUUCAUUAUAGCCAGAAAAACAAGCCACUUCCUCGUUCCAAGUUACUACAUAAAGACCUGCAUAUAUGUAUAUUUGGUGCCAUCAGAACUGGAGGCUACAUGAUGAACAUCUUGAUGACCAAAGGCCUAAAGCAGUCAGUGUGCGAUCAGAGUUUCUACAACGGACCAGUCAGCAAGUUCUGGGCCUAUGCUUUUGUCCUUAGUAAGGCACCUGAACUAGGAGACACACUAUUCAUCGUGCUACGCAAACAAAAGCUGAUUUUCCUGCACUGGUAUCAUCACAUCACAGUUUUGCUCUAUUCCUGGUACUCCUACAAGGACAUGGUGGCUGGUGGGGGCUGGUUCAUGACCAUGAACUAUCUGGUGCACGCCGUCAUGUAUUCUUACUACGCUCUUCGGGCCGCUGGCUUCAAAAUCUCUCGCAAGUUCGCCAUGUUCAUCACCUUGACGCAGAUCACCCAGAUGGUGAUGGGCUGCAUGGUUAACUACCUGGUGUAUUUGUGGAUGCAGCAAGGCCAAGAGUGCCCGUCCCACGUGCAGAACAUUGUUUGGUCUUCCCUCAUGUACCUCAGCUACUUUGUGCUCUUCUGCCAGUUCUUCUUCGAAGCCUACAUCAUCAAAACCAAAUCCAACGCAGCCAAGAAAAGCCAAUAAGUCAAGAAAAUGAUUUUUAAAAAUGAAAUGAGAAGAGGCGGGGAAAAACUUAGUGGACCAAUGACUGGUAGUGGACGGAUGAGUCUUUACAGUUAGGGUUUAUGAACUUGCAGAAGAAAGAAGCAAAGACCAUGAGGGACUACUAUCAAAGCUUGUGCAUACUGUACUAUUAACGUAUAAAGAUAAAUCCCCCAGACACUAGGGAAGAUCUUUUGAGCUGAACUGAGAAAUCAUUAUGAUUAUAUCGGUUAAAAAAAAAAAAAAAAUAGUGUCUUUAUGUAAUGUUUGUGUGCCCAAUACAAUUCACUGUAUUUUAAAGAAAAAAAAUGAAUAGAUAAAAAAGGGUUACAAAAUAAAUUAAAACAUAAUUAAGGAGAAUUUUGAGAAAAAGGGAAAUUAUAUGAACAGAAUUAAUAUUUGUGUGGUUAUGUCUAAACAUUAAAUGUUACUGUUGUAUUUUUAUUUUGAUUGAUUAGAUAGUUUGUGUAUGGCAGUUUUGUACGAAAGCCAUGUUAAUGGAAGACUGGUAAAUGUUGAGCUAAA